AUGGUAGGAGUCCAUAUACUAGCACGGCAGAAGGUUCUCGAGAGGUCCUACGGCUCUCUCACUACCUACUUUAGUGAGUAUGCCUUGACCUAUGAUUUGAUCUCACACCUAAUCCGGGUGUGGAAAACAGGGCUUCCCGUCCGCUCAGCCGUACUUAAGCCACACGCCGGUGAGUUAGUAGUUGGGUGGGUGACCACCAGCGAAUCCUCACUGUUGUAUGUUAUUUUGUUUUUCUUUUUUACUCUUUGCUGUUUUUGUUAA